AUGUUUUUAAGAAACCUGUGUGUAUUUUCUCCUCCCCAACCACUGGAUGUCAAAACCAAGUUCUACAACUCAGACAGGGAUGACUUAUUUCUUGAAAUCCAGAUUCAAAACAUUUCACCUGCAACUGUGUUUAUACAACAUGUUUCUUUGGAGCUACCUGAAAUGUACACCCAAAGACCAUUAAAUACUCUCAACGUGGAUGGAGAAUAUCAGUGUACAUUUGGGACCAGAACAUAUUUGCAGACAAUGGAAGGACGCUACUACUUGUACCACCUGCAGGUCAAAGGGGAAUAUUUGGAGAGAGCAAGAACCCUUUGUGGAGUAGCGAAGAUGGGAAAGUUAAACAUCGUAUGGAAAAAGGAACUUGGUGAGAUGGCAAUGCUGUAUACAGUCCCUCUUGAAAGAAAAAUUGAAAGUUUUGGAGACCUAAAGCUAUCCUUGGAGAAAAUUCCAGAUACUGUAGUCCUAGAAGAACCAUUUCAAAUGACCUGCAAGAUAACAAAUUGCUCUGAUAGGAAAAUGAACCUGAUCGUGAAAAUGCACAAUACAACUUCUGUUCACUGGUUUGGUCGUUCAGGAAGCUACCUUGGAAAACUGAUUCCAGGUUCAUCCAUUUCAUUUACCCUGACAUUAAUGUGCCUACAGCUAGGCCUGAGAAGAAUUUCUGGCUUACGUAUAAUAGACACAACACUGAAGACCAAAUAUCGCUAUGACGGUGCCAUUAAUGUCUGCGUUGUGCCCUCAAUGGACAAAAUGGAAAGCUAA